GAAAGUGAAAGAAAAGAGAAGAGAGAGGAGAGAGAGAACUGAAAAGAGAGAGUGAGGAUGGUAUAAAGGAUAUUUUACAAAAUAAAAAGAAAAAAAGCGGAGAUACAAAAGCGAUGAAUAAUUUAGGUAUAUUAAUUAAUUUUAAGAAAACUUUUGCUUAUGGUUUAAACAUGUAAUUUUUUAUACACCAAAUUGAAACAUAAUUUAUCUAUAUUUAUUAAAUUUAAAUAAUAAAUUAAAUAUGAAUUAUCAAAUAAAAAAAAUGUAAACUGUGUUGUGGUUGCGGUGGCUUCGGAAAGAGACGUCAUUGAAAAUGGAAAUGGGUCACUAAUGCUAACCUGCACAAAAAUAUCUAUAGCUCUCCCGGAAAUUACCUUCGCUUUUUCACCGAAGUGCUCGAGUCACAGAGCAUUUCUUUCUUGGUGGUUUUCUGGUUUAUUUGUUUUCCUAGAACUGUUUACUCUAAAAAAGAAAAGAAAAACUAUUAAAAAGAGAAUAAGCUAUAUAUCCAUGGCAGAGGUGGCAGCAGGAGCAUUUUUGUCAAGUUUGUUUGAAUUCCUACUUGAGAGGAUAGAUUCUUUACAGCUCGUUCAUUUCUUCAAGGGUCAAAAACUCAACCAUGUGUUGUUGAAGAAGCUGAAGAUAACAAUGAUCAUUGUUAAUGGGUUGCUUGAUCAUGCUGAAGAGAAGCAAAUUUUUGUGUCUGCUGUGAAAGAGUGGCUCAACGAGCUCAAAGAUGCUGUUUAUGAAGCUGAUGACUUGUUGGAUGAGAUUGCUUAUGAAGCUCUGCAUUCCAAGUUUGAAGUGGGAUUUACAUCCACCGGACAAAAGGUGCGCAACUUUUUCUUUUUCCAUCAUUCCAAACCAGUUAAUAAACUAGAGGUGAAUGCAAAAAUAGAAGAGAUCCUUGAUUUAUUUGAACAUUUAGUAAAACAAAUGGAUGCCCUUGGGCUAAGCAUGAGAAAGGGAAUUGGCCAAAAACCAUCAUCACAGAAAACACGGACUACUGCUAUGCUAGAUGAUGAAUAUGGUAUUCGGGGCAGGAAUGAGGACAAGGAACUCAUCUUAAGGUCCUUUCAGACCGAUUGCAAUGGCUUAGGUGUGAUUUGCAUAGUGGGCAUGGGUGGUAUAGGUAAAACCACCCUUGCUCAACUUGUCUACAAUGACUACAGGAUAAUGGAAUGGUUUGACGUCAAAGCAUGGGUUCAUGUUUCGGAAGAAUUUGAUGAGACUAAGAUAAUGAAAGAUAUUCUUAAGGAGGUCACCACAGAUAGUUGCAAUCUUGAGACUCUUAAUGUUAAGAAUGAGCUUGGUUUUGAGUUGAAGAAGAGAUUGGAGGGGAAAAAGUUUAUACUUAUUAUGGAUGAUGUAUGGAAUGAUAAUUAUUGUGAUUGGAGAAUUUUGUGCAGCUCUUUACAAACUGGGGUACAAGGAAGUAAGGUUGUGAUUACUACACGUAAUGAAAGCAUAUCCUCAAUGAUGGAUGACCAAGAUAUACUAUAUCGCUUGAAUGAAUUAAGUGAUGAUGAUUGCUGGUUAUUGUUCGCAGAACAUGCAUUUGAUGAUGGAGAUUCCAACAAUCGUUUGGACUUGGAAACAGUUGGUAGAAAAAUAGUUAGAAAAUGCAAAGGUCUUCCAUUAGCUGCAAAAACAAUAGGGAGUCUCUUAUGCCUCAAAAGAGAUGUUGAUGAAUGGGAAAGGGUAUUGAAUAACAAUAUGUGGGACUUGGUGAGCGACAACAUCCUUCCAGCACUCGCAUUGAGCUACCAUUAUCUGCCUUCACAUCUAAAACGGUGUUUUGCUUGUUGCGCAGUGUUUCCUAAGGGUUAUAAGUUCUUGAAGGAUGAGUUAAUCCGUCUAUGGAUGGCAGAGGGCUUUCUAAUGCAGUCUAAAGGCUGUAACAAGGACAUAGAGCUUAUUGGUGAUGAGUAUUUCUGUGAGCUUGUAUCCAGGUCUUUUUUUCAGCAAUCAACUUGUGAUAUGCCCUUCUUUGUCAUGCAUGACCUCAUCCAUGACUUGGCUAACUUCAUAUCUGGAGAGUUUUGCUUAAGGUUCCCUUCAUCUGCCAUUCCAUCAAGGACUCGUCAUUUGUCCCAUGGGAGCGAGUAUGGUGAACUUGAGGGGAUGGAUGGAUAUUUACCUUUACGGACCUUGUUAUAUGUUAGACCAGGUCGGAUGUAUGAUAGCUCGCCUUCCUGGAAAAAGUAUGGUUCAUUCUUGUUACUCAAUCGUUUAAGGGUACUAUCUUUACCUAGGUGGGGUUGUGAAACUAAAUUGCCUGAUUCAAUAGGCAAUUGA